AUGGCGGAGCAUUUAGCUUCAAUCUUUGGUACAGAAAAGGACAGAGUGAAUUGCCCGUUCUACUUCAAGAUCGGAGCUUGCCGUCACGGCGACCGUUGCUCACGGCUGCACAACCGUCCCACAAUCUCACCGACGCUUCUCCUCUCCAACAUGUACCAGAGACCCGACAUGAUCACUCCCGGCGUCGACCCACAGGGCCAGCCGCUGGACCCGAGCAAGAUUCAAGAACAUUUCGAGGAUUUCUACGAAGACAUAUUCGAGGAGCUCGACAAGUUCGGCGAAGUGGAGUCUCUCAACGUCUGUGACAACCUCGCCGACCACAUGAUCGGCAAUGUAUACGUCCUGUUCAAGGAGGAGGACCAGGCCGCUGCCGCCUUGCAGGCUCUGCAAGGGAGAUUCUACUCAGGGCGUCCGAUCAUCGCGGACUUCUCUCCGGUGACUGAUUUCCGGGAAGCGACUUGCAGGCAGUACGAGGAAGACAACUGUAACCGUGGCGGAUACUGUAACUUCAUGCACGUGAAGCAGAUCUCGAGGGAGCUUAGGAGGAAGCUGUUUGGGAGGUAUCGGAGGUCGUACCGGAGAGGGAGCAGAAGCAGGAGCAGGAGCAGGAGUGUUAGCCCGCGGCGUGUGAGAGAGCGUGGUGGUGAGAGAGAGAGAGGGGAUUUCAGGGGACGUGAGAGGGAUGGUGAAGGUUACCGUGGGAAACGGAGCAGUGACAGGUCGGAGAGGCAUGACCGGGAUGGUGGUGGUGGGAGGAGGAGGCAUGGAAGCCCGAAACGGAGCAGCAGGAGUCCUCCGGUUGGGAGAGAAGGCAGCGAGGAGAGGAGAGCGAGGAUUGAGCAAUGGAACCGAGAACGCGAUGAGGGAGUUUAA